GGAGAGGGAGGGAGGGAGAGAGAGGGAGAGGGAGAGAGACGGAUAUCUCAGGUCAUCUGCAGCUGCAGCGAGUCUGAGGAGCCGAGGAAGGCAGGGAAGAUGGCGAUCCUCCAUUGCUGAGACCCGGCAGAAGCACAUGAGACUCCCAAACAACUUCCACAACAAUAACCCGAGCAGGAAGAGGAGAAAGAGAAAGAGGAUAAGGAGGCGGUGGGGCUGGAGAACCCGAAGCACCUCCCGGCGCCGGGACGCUUCUUCUGUUCCUAAUGUGAGAGGGUAGACCCAGAUCAUGGAGGUGCUUCAGUGUGAUGGCUGUGAUUUCAGAGCCCCGUCUUAUGAAGAUCUCAAGGCACACAUUCAGGAUGUCCACACGGCAUUUCUGCAGCCAACUGAUGUUGCUGAGGACAAUGUGAAUGAGCCACGAUGCGGGUCCAUGAAUGCCAGUAAUCAGACAGAGGUGGAGUUUUCUUCCAUAAAGGAUGAAUUUGCCAUUGCAGAAGAUUUAUCAGGUCAAAAUGCAACUGCAUUGGGGACCGGAGGUUACUAUGGCCACAGUCCAGGAUAUUAUGGUCAUCAUAUUGCCGCUAAUCCCAAACCAACAAACAAGUUUUUUCAAUGCAAGUUCUGCGUACGCUACUUCAGGUCAAAAAACCUCCUCAUAGAACACACUAGAAAGGUCCAUGGAGCUCAAGCUGAAGGGAGUUCGUCAGGACCCCCUGUCCCGGGAUCCUUAAAUUAUAAUAUCAUGAUGCACGAGGGAUUUGGAAAGGUCUUCUCUUGCCAGUUUUGCACAUACAAGUCACCAAGAAGGGCAAGAAUAAUUAAGCAUCAGAAGAUGUAUCACAAAAACAAUUUGAAGGAGACCACUGCUCCCCCACCUGCUCCUGCUCCAAUGCCAGACCCUGUGGUUCCGCCCAUAUCCCUGCAGGACCCCUGCAAGGAACUGCCAGCAGAGGUUGUGGAGCGCAGCAUCUUAGAGUCUAUGGUCAAGCCUUUGACCAAAUCUCGAGGCAACUUUUGUUGUGAGUGGUGCAGCUACCAGACCCCCCGCCGAGAACGCUGGUGUGACCACAUGAUGAAGAAACACCGCAGUAUGGUCAAGAUCCUUUCCAGUCUCAGACAGCAACAAGAAGGAACUAAUCUACCUGAUGUGCCGAACAAGAGUGCCCCCAGCCCCACUUCCAACUCCACCUAUCUGACCAUGAAUGCUGCAAGCCGGGAGAUACCCAAUACUACCGUCUCCAACUUCAGGGGCUCCAUGGGCAACUCCAUCAUGAGACCCAAUUCUUCUUCAGCUUCCAAGUUUUCGCCCAUGUCUUACCCUCAGAUGAAGCCGAAGUCACCUCACAAUUCUGGUCUAGUUAACUUGGCAGAGAGAUCCCGUUAUGGAAUGACUGACAUGACCAAUUCUUCUGCUGACCUGGAAACUAAUAGCAUGCUAAAUGACUCUAGUUCUGAUGAAGAGUUAAAUGAAAUAGACAGUGAGAAUGGUUUAAGUGCUAUGGAUCACCAGACAUCAGGCCUGUCUGCAGAGCAGCUGAUGGGCUCAGAUGGCAACAAAUUAUUGGAGACCAAGGGGAUUCCAUUUAGAAGAUUCAUGAAUAGGUUCCAGUGCCCCUUUUGUCCUUUCCUCACCAUGCAUCGACGUAGCAUCUCUCGUCACAUAGAAAACAUCCACUUAUCUGGAAAGACAGCUGUCUACAAAUGUGACGAAUGUCCGUUUACUUGCAAGAGCUCGUUGAAACUUGGGGCUCACAAACAGUGUCACACGGGUACAACGUCAGAUUGGGAUGCUGUGAAUUCCCAGAGUGAAAGCAUUUCAUCCUCACUGAAUGAAGGUAUGGUGUCUUAUGAGAGCUCAAGCAUCAAUGGUAGAAAGUCAGGAGUCAUGUUGGAUCCCUUGCAGCAGCAACAGCCACCGCAACCACCACCACCGCCACCACCACCACCACCAUCACAACCACAGCCACUGCAGCAACCACAGCCACCACAGCUGCAGCCACCACAUCAGGUGCCAUCCCAGCCACAAACACAGCCACCACCAACACAGCAGCCACAGCCACCCACACAAGCCGCACCUCUGCACCCAUACAAAUGCACCAUGUGUAAUUACUCCACCACAACUCUGAAAGGGCUAAGAGUCCAUCAGCAGCAUAAACAUUCAUUCUGUGACAACUUGCCAAAAUUCGAGGGGCAGCCCUCAAGCCUACCAUUGGAAAAUGAGACAGACAGCCACCCCUCUUCCAGCAACACUGUGAAGAAAAGUCAGACCUCAAUUCUUGGGUUGUCCUCCAAGAACAAUUUUGUAGCUAAGGCCUCUAGGAAGCUCGCCAAUGACUUUCCUCUAGAUUUGUCACCCGUGAAGAAGAGAACCAGGAUUGAUGAGAUAGCAAGCAACCUUCAGAGCAAAAUUAACCAAACCAAACAGCAGGAAGAUGCAGUGAUCAAUGUUGAGGAUGAUGAAGAGGAAGAGGAAGACAACGAAGUCGAGAUAGAGGUUGAGUUGGACAGGGAGGAAGAGCCGACAGAACCCAUCAUAGAGGUUCCUACUUCCUUUUCUGCCCAACAGAUAUGGGCAAGAGAUACCAGUGAGCCCCAGAAGGAGCCCAACUUCAGAAACAUCACCCAUGAUUACAAUGCCACCAAUGGGGCUGAGAUUGAGCUCACCCUUUCUGAAGAUGAAGAGGAUUAUUACGGCUCCUCAACAAACUUGAAAGAUCACCAAGUUUCCAAUACUGCUCUGCUGAAUACCCAAACUCCUAUCUAUGGGACCGAGCACAAUAAUGAAAACACAGACUUUGGUGACUCUGGAAGGCUUUACUAUUGUAAACACUGUGACUUUAACAACAAAUCUGCCCGGAGUGUUAGCACCCACUACCAACGAAUGCACCCGUACAUUAAAUUCAGUUUUAGGUACAUCUUGGACCCCAACGAUCACAGCGCAGUAUACAGGUGCCUGGAAUGCUACAUUGAUUACACCAACUUCGAAGAUCUCCAGCAGCAUUAUGGUGAACACCACCCAGAAGCCAUGAAUGUACUCAACUUCGAUCACUCGGACCUGAUCUACCGGUGUCGGUUUUGUUCAUACACGAGCCCGAAUGUUAGAAGCCUGAUGCCACAUUACCAAAGAAUGCAUCCCACGGUGAAGAUCAACAACGCAAUGAUAUUUUCAAGCUAUGUCGUGGAGCAGCAGGAAGGGCUGAAUACGGAAUCCCAGACCCUGAGGGAGAUUCUGAAUUCAGCUCCCAAGAACAUGGCGACUUCCACGCCUGUGGCUCGUGGUGGUGGUUUGCCAGCUACGUUCAACAAAAACACUCCUUCCAAGACCUUUACUCCUGAAUGUGAAAAUCAGAAGGACCCUUUGGUCAACACUGUUGUUGUUUAUGAUUGUGAUGUUUGUUCGUUUGCAAGCCCCAACAUGCAUUCUGUCUUGGUUCAUUAUCAGAAGAAACACCCCGAAGAAAAGGCUUCCUACUUUAGGAUCCAGAAAACUAUGCGAAUGGUGUCUGUGGACAGGGGCUCUGCCCUUUCUCAAUUAUCAUUUGAGGUGGGUGCUCCAAUGUCUCCCAAAAUGUCCAACAUGGGUUCCCCACCCCCCCCACAACCCCCGCCACCAGACCUCAGUACUGAGCUUUACUACUGCAAACACUGUUCCUACAGCAAUCGGUCAGUUGUGGGAGUGCUUGUCCACUACCAGAAAAGACACCCAGAAAUAAAGGUUACUGCCAAAUAUAUCAGACAGGCUCCUCCCACAGCUGCAAUGAUGAGAGGGGUCGAAGGGCCCCAAGGCUCCCCCCGGCCACCCGCCCCCAUGCAACAGCUGAACCGAAGCAGUUCUGAGAGAGAUGGCCCUCCUGUGGAGAAUGAGAUGUUCUUUUGCCAGCACUGUGAUUAUGGGAACCGGACGGUCAAAGGGGUACUCAUUCAUUAUCAGAAGAAGCACCGGGACUUCAAGGCCAACGCAGAUGUGAUCCGGCAGCAUACAGCCACCAUUCGAAGCCUCUGCGACCGAAAUCAGAAGAAGCCUGCCAGCUGCGUGCUUGUCUCCACCUCUAACCUGGAGCGGGACAAAACGAAACUCCGAGCACUCAAAUGUAGGCAGUGCUCAUAUACCUCCCCCUACUUCUAUGCACUGAGGAAGCAUAUCAAGAAAGACCACCCCGCCCUGAAAGCCACAGUCACGUCCAUCAUGCGAUGGGCAUUUCUCGAUGGCUUGAUAGAAGCUGGCUACCACUGCGAAUGGUGCAUUUACUCUCAUACGGAGCCCAAUGGUUUGCUCCUGCAUUACCAACGGAGGCAUCCAGAACACUAUGUUGAUUACACUUACAUGGCUACUAAACUGUGGGCUGGGCCAGACCCAUCCCCUCCCUCUCUCACAAUGCCAGCCGAAGCCAAAACCUACAGAUGCAGGGACUGUGUUUUUGAAGCUGUCUCCAUCUGGGACAUCACUAAUCACUACCAAGCGUUCCACCCCUGGGCCAUGAAUGGUGAUGAGUCAGUGCUGCUGGACAUCAUCAAGGAGAAAGAUGCUGUGGAGAAGCCCAUUCUUUCAUCCGAAGAGUUGGCAGGCCCUGUGAAUUGUGAAAACAGUAUACCCACCCCUCUCCCAGAGCAGGAAGCUGAAUGUCCAGAGGAUGCAAGACUGUCCCCUGAGAAAAGCCUGCAGCUAGCUUCAGCCAACCCCGCCAUAUCCUCCACCCCAUACCAGUGCACGGUAUGCCAAUCUGAGUAUAACAACUUGCACGGUCUUCUCACCCAUUAUGGGAAGAAGCACCCUGGCAUGAAAGUGAAGGCUGCUGACUUUGCCCAGGACAUUGACAUCAACCCAGGUGCCGUCUACAAAUGCAGGCAUUGCCCAUACAUCAACACCCGUAUCCAUGGCGUCCUGACCCACUACCAGAAGCGACAUCCGUCCAUCAAGGUGACCGCUGAGGACUUUGUGCACGACGUAGAGCAGUCUGCUGACAUAUCCCAGAACGACGUGGAGGAGACAAGCAGGAUCUUCAAGCAAGGGUAUGGCGCCUACCGGUGCAAACUGUGUCCGUACACGCACGGCACUUUGGAGAAACUGAAAAUCCACUACGAGAAGUAUCACAAUCAGCCUGAAUUUGAUGUCUUUUCCCAGUCGCCCCCGAAGCUGCCAGUCCCCCUUGAGCCCGAGAUGACCACUGAAGUGAGCCCCUCCCAAAUCUCUAUCACUGAGGAGGAGGUGGGAGAGGAGCCCGUGUCCACUUCUCACUUCUCUACCUCCCACCUGGUCUCCCACACUGUGUUCCGGUGCCAGCUCUGCAAGUACUUCUGCUCCACGAGGAAGGGGAUCGCCAGGCACUACCGCAUCAAGCACAAUAAUGUCCGAGCCCAGCCGGAAGGCAAGAACAACCUCUUCAAGUGUGCCCUGUGUGCCUACACCAACCCCAUCCGCAAAGGUCUGGCAGCCCACUACCAGAAGCGCCACGACAUUGAUGCAUAUUACACUCACUGCCUGGCAGCCUCCAGGACCAUCAGCGACAAGCCCAACAAAGUGAUCAUCCCAUCCCCGCCCAAGGACGACUCCCCUCAGCUGAGCGAGGAACUCCGGCGGGCAGUGGAGAAGAAAAAGUGCUCCUUGUGCUCUUUCCAGUCGUUCAGCAAGAAGGGCAUUGUGUCGCAUUACAUGAAACGCCACCCAGGGGUGUUCCCAAAGAAGCAGCACGCCAGCAAGUUGGGGGGCUACUUCACGGCCGUCUAUGCAGAUGAGCAUGAGAAGCCCACGCUGAUGGAAGAAGAGGAGAGAAGCAGCUUUGAGAAAGCCGAGGUGGAGGGUGAAGCUCAGGAAAUCGAGUGGCUCCCGUUCCGCUGCAUCAAAUGCUUCAAGCUGUCCUUUAGCACUGCAGAGCUGCUGUGCAUGCAUUACACUGACCACCACAGUCGGGACCUGAAGAGGGACUUCAUCAUUCUGGGCAACGGCCCCCGCUUACAGAACUCCACCUACCAGUGUAAGCACUGUGAUAGCAAACUGCAAAGCACAGCCGAGCUGACCUCACACUUGAACAUUCACAAUGAGGAAUUCCAGAAGCGUGCCAAACGUCAGGAGAGGAGGAAACAGCUUUUGAGCAAGCAGAAAUAUGCAGAUGGUGCUUUUGCAGAUUUCAAACAAGAGAGGCCUUUUGGUCACUUAGAAGAGGUGCCAAAGAUCAAGGAGAGGAAAGUGGUGGGCUACAAAUGUAAAUUCUGUGUGGAAGUGCACCCAACGCUCCGAGCCAUCUGCAAUCACCUCCGAAAGCACGUCCAGUAUGGCAAUGUCCCAGCUGUGUCAGCUGCCGUGAAGGGGCUGCGUUCUCAUGAGAGGAGCCACCUGGCCCUGGCCAUGUUUACCCGCGAGGACAAGUACAGCUGCCAGUAUUGCUCCUUUGUUUCUGCUUUCAGGCACAAUUUGGAUCGCCAUAUGCAAACGCACCACGGACACCAUAAACCAUUCCGAUGCAAACUCUGCUCCUUCAAGUCCUCCUAUAACAGCCGGCUGAAAACACAUAUACUCAAAGCUCAUGCUGGUGAGCAUGCCUACAAGUGUUCUUGGUGCUCAUUCUCCACCAUGACAAUCAGCCAGCUGAAGGAACACUCCCUCAAGGUCCACGGAAAAGCCCUGACCCUUCCCAGGCCACGGAUCGUCAGUCUCCUCUCCUCACACUCCCACCACUCCUCCCAGAAAGCUACCCCAGCUGAAGAAGUGGAAGACUCCAACGAUUCAUCAUAUUCAGAGCCCCCAGAUGUUCAGCAGCAGUUGAACCACUAUCAGUCAGCUGCCCUGGCAAGGAACAACAGUCGUGUUAGCCCUGUGCCUCUUUCUGGGGCUGCUGCUGGCACUGAGCAGAAAACCGAAGCCGUGCUUCACUGCGAAUUCUGUGAAUUCUCCUCCGGCUACAUCCAGAGCAUCAGGCGCCACUACCGGGACAAGCAUGGUGGGAAGAAGCUUUUCAAGUGCAAAGACUGCUCCUUUUACACAGGCUUUAAAUCUGCUUUUACUAUGCAUGUGGAAGCUGGGCACUCAGCGGUUCCCGAGGAGGGCCCCAAAGAUCUUCGCUGUCCUCUCUGUCUCUAUCACACCAAAUACAAGCGCAACAUGAUUGACCACAUCGUGCUGCACCGAGAAGAGCGCGUUGUCCCCAUUGAAGUUUGCCGAUCCAAACUGUCCAAAUACUUGCAGGGAGUAGUUUUCCGCUGUGAUAAGUGUACCUUCACCUGCUCCAGUGAUGAGAGCCUCCAGCAACAUAUAGAAAAGCACAAUGAACUGAAACCUUACAAAUGCCAGCUCUGCUACUAUGAGACCAAGCACACGGAGGAACUGGACAGCCACCUUCGGGAUGAGCAUAAGGUAAGCCGUAACUUUGAGCUGGUUGGACGGGUUAACUUGGAUCAGCUGGAACAGAUGAAGGAGAAAAUGGAGAGCUCCAGCAGCGAUGAUGAGGACAAGGAAGAAGAAAUGAACAGCAAGACUGAAGACAGAGAGCUGAUGAGAUUUUCUGACCACGGGGCUGCUAUUAACACUGAGAAGCGUUUUCCAUGUGAAUUUUGUGGACGGGCGUUUUCACAGGGCUCUGAGUGGGAAAGACAUGUGCUGAGACACGGCAUGGCGUUGAAUGACACCAAGCAGGUGAGCAGAGAAGAAAUCCACCCAAAAGAGAUCAUGGAGAACAGUGUUAAAAUGCCCUCCAUAGAGGAAAAGGAAGAUGACGAGGCCAUUGGGAUAGACUUUUCCCUAAAGAAUGAAACAGUAGCCAUCUGUGUAGUAACUGCCGACAAAUCUCUCCUGGAGAAUGCAGAGGCCAAAAAAGAAUAAGCGUUUGGUGAAAUCCUUAAUCAAACCUUACUUGAACAGUGAUGAAAAAGUGGGAGGGCUGGCUUGGGCUGAGAAGGGAGGGACAGAAAAGAGAAGACAGAACAAAGCUGCUUUUUAGGACUGAACAAUCUAUUUUCAAAGCACUGGUACCUGUGUGAGUGAGUAUGUAAAUUAAAGUUAUUUAAAUGGUUGGAAUAUGUGGCUCCUUUUCCAUCACUACAUCUUUUCUUCCGGAUCUUCAUCAUGGAAGUUUCAUUUGUUGCGGAAUAUGGAAGCACCUCCCAAGGGUACGGUGCACCCUGUGGUGGUCUUGGACAGUAUAUGGAAACAGAAGCUCCGUGACAGUAGAAGACUUACCAUUGGGGAGCAACUUUUUGACGCACAACUUUUGGUGCGUUUUUCUAGUUUUAAUACCUUAAGCUUUUUCAAGACCUAACUGCAGCCGCUUUGGGAAAAAAACAAAAAACAGAAAACAAAAAAAAAAAACUGCUUUGCAUAAAACAGUCACCUGUUUCCUAGUACCUCAAACUUAACCAAGGGAACUCUCUGCAUUUGUCAGUACUACCUGUCGUCGUUGUGGUUAAAUGUAGAGAGAACUGCUGGGCAAGAUGGUGAAUGGAGAAAAAAAAAAAGAGUUUUAAAGAAAGGAACACAAAUUGUGCUUAAAAUCCCCAUGUGGGUUUUAUUUCUUAAAAUACUGUGAUUUUUUUAAUUAUUUUAGUAAAAAACAAAACAAAAAAAAGAAACAGACUUUAAUUAUUAGAUAACUGUUUGUGAAUUGUCAUCCUUUAUUCCAGGUAAGCUGUUUAUUAGUGUUCAACUAUAAUUUAGAAUUUGGUAGAUUCAUGUGAGCUAAUUUUAAGGUGAUUGUGGAGUUUUGUUUGCCACAUGUUUAUUUUCUAUCAAUUUGAGUGUUACAAACACAGCACAAUUCAGUUUUUCAUAUGAAUUGUUUUUCGUGUGUGUGUUGUUAUUGUUUUAAUUUCGGGCAAGGGAGAUUUAGUUUUUUGUGAAUAGGAAUGUUUUUAUUUUAAACAUGGAAAUAACAAAGAAGUUAACUUUCUUUUUUUUUUUUUUUUUUUAAUUUAACUAAAGAACCAAACUUUCGGCACAGCUAUGCAGCUUGUGGGCCAGACGAGGAGGUCCUCCUCACCCUUUUGUUGCCUGUCAAAUUCACGCAUUAUCCGUCUCACACAAAUAAUUUCUGUUAGGAUUGGCUGGCUUUUGUGUGUGAUUUUAAAAUCUGUGUUUUGUUUCUGCUGGCAUUUGUGUUUUGCGGGGGGUUUUCAUUUAUUUAGGGGACGAGGGGAUGUGCUAGAAUCCCAUCCCUUUGGUGAGAGUGGACAAGAAAUAACAUAUAUCCUACAAGGAGCCUGGAGAACUACUUUCUUUUUUUUUUUUUUUUUUAAGUCUAGCUGCCAGCUGCUCUGUCCCCCAUAUCAGCUUUUUCAGGAGGGAGCAGCUUAGACGAAAUCUAAGCUUACAUUUAUAAUAUGUUCUGAUUGUGAACAAAGGGUUUCGUUCCAAAAAAUAGAAAAGAACUUUUCUUGAAGCCUAGGUUUUAGAAGCCCAUGUGUGCGUGUGCUUGGAUGUGCGUGUGUGUGUGUGUGUGUGUGUAUGUGUGUGUGUGCAUGUGUGAGUCCUUUGGUUUUCAUGUUUUGUUUUUUUUUUUACUUGGAAGGGUUGUGGGAGGGUGGGAGGGAAGAAAGGGAAGGGGAAUUGCUGAGAUGACAGUGUCCCACACAGCUUCAAAUAAAAUCCAUGGAAAGAUGUUGCAUUUGUGGAAUAAGUGCUUACUUGAAAAGCAUGUUCUUCUUUUAUUUUCUUACUGUUAAGAAUUUUUAUUUGUAGGGUAUUUGUUUUAAUUUAAUUUUUUAAGGGAUGGGGGCCAUCAUGUGGAAACCAGAAAAUGGGGAAAGUGUGAACUAUCCAGACAAAGAUUCAUUUUGUGUCUAUAUUUGUUUUUAAUUGGCCUCAUUUCAAAUGUAUUAAACAGUUCCAUACCUGGAUUGGGUGUUUGUAAUGGUUACCAAAAAACAAACAAAAAAAGAAAGAAAAAGGAAAAAAAAAAAAAGAAAAUAAUUGUGACAUGCUUUUAUCACUACUUUAUUUUUCAAAUAACAUGUAAAUAUUGUAAUCCAUUGGAUUUUGUUUUGCUAACCUGUUAAUAAAAAUAUGGGACCAUUAUCCUUUUAACAAGGCUAGAAUGUCAUUUUUUUUCUUUUUCAAACAUAUACCUGAUAUUUUGUGGCCGCACAUUUUGGAUGCAUUAUUAUAAUUCUGUUGACUGUAAUGACAUAGAAUUUACAACAUUUUUUGUUGUUGUUUAAUUUAUACAGAGGACAUUUUUUUCAGAGCUUGAGAGAAGAAAAUAAAUAGCAAAAUGAUAACCUAUUGACUCUAGUAACCAGUGUUUCCCAAAACUUCAUAAAAGAUAGGGAGACCCUGAGUCCUUGAAGCCAAGGGUUUAAAAACAAAAACAAAAUUAAAAAAAAAAAAAACAAAAAAACCACAAGUAGGUUAUUCAAGUUGUUUGCAACAUACAUUUUGUAAUGAAAUGUGAGAAAUUAAUAAAGAAUUUUUUUCACAUGUG